GGGAUGAAUCUCUUCUACAUAGGACCGUCAUUCCGAAAAAGCUAAUAAGCUUCAGCUCCAUGUCACUCGCCUGCUCGUUCGCUAGCACCGCCUACAUGUCCUGCUCAAGGAGCAGUAAUUUCAUUGACGACGGCACCACCGGGGCCGCCACCAGCACCUCCAUCCCCUACUUGACUGUCAGACUUACCGCCCCCGUUACGAGAUCUAGCACCUUUAAGUUCACCCGCGUCUGCUACCAAUAGCGCUGGUGCAGGGUUCUCUUCUCCUUGACCUCCUCUUCUCCUACUAGCUCCAGUGACAACGGAGCCAUGCCUCUGGCCACCGGCGCUGCUCAGUGGGCUUACUGGGAGUGCGGCGGCUAUGAUGCUUGCGCUGGUUAUGGAUUAGGUGUGGAUUUGGACUUGCACGCGUUUCGUAACCUGGAUUUGGAGUGCGUGCUGUGUGGACUAUGGUAUUGCGGCUAGAGAAUAUUAGUGUAUAGAGAUGUCCUUGCGUUAAUAUUGUAUGAUAUUGGGGAUUUUCCUACCGAAUGUGGUUGAGGUAUGAGAUAAUAGUAGCAAUUCAUGUAGUAUUGCUGUUUAUUGUGUUCCGAAGUGGAUCGAGAAGUCUAGAAUCGUGGGUGCCAGGAAUAUCGACUCGGUCCUCGCGCUUUGGAAUGUCCGACGAAAAACCCAGUUUUUCACCGAUAGUCUUGGCAAUUGUACAAUUUCCGUUGUUGAUUUCGUAAAGUUAGGAUUCGACUCCUAUGUUAUAUCAUAUGGCAUGGAAUCGGAGGCUAUGUGCCCUGCUGUCAGGUUAAGAGACUCU